AUGGCAAGUGAGGAGGAGAGUGUUCUUGCCUUAGUGAAUUGCUCUGGGAAAAUUAAAAAAAGCAAAAGCCAUGGUGUGAAGUUCACAGACAAAGAACCAUUGAGUGUGUUCAUCAGUUCGUCAAGCACUUUGUCAGAUCUAAAGAACAGCAUCUUGCAGAAGCUUGGCGUCUUUGGUACGAAGUGGGUGAAGAAGCUAUUCUACAAGAUUCUCAUCGCAGUUGUCUCGACGGGUGUUCAGUAUGAUACCUUUGUGCUAGCGGCUGAUGAAGAUAUUAGGGUUCUGUUCCAUUGUGUUAGGAGUUUUCCAGAGAUCCGAAUUCACGAGUUGUUUGCGAAGUUGGAGGUUGGUGUCGAUAGUUCUGGGGCAUCAGCUCCAUUUCAUAGCUCGACUUCCGCGGGAGGUGCGUCUAGUUCGAUGCCUGCGGUCAGACCGUAUCUUCCGCCGGUGGGUUCCCCUACGUUCGCAGCUGAUUUAGAGCGAACGGUGGUUGUUGGUUCUGUACAGUUGGAGAAUGAAGGAAUCUUUGAGCAGCCUGAUGUCGUGGGCACCGGUGGUUGCCAGUUACCUUAUAUGGAAGGCUUUGGUGAACCUGAUAGAGUAGAGAAUGCAAUGUGUGACGAUGACUCUGACCAGGAGCCUGUCGAUAUCAUCGGGGACAGCGACGACGACACAGGUGCCAAUCCACAUGCGCAGCAUGGGCCUUCAAGUUCUGCUUCUCAACAGUACCCUCCACACUUCUCCACACUAAACUUGGAGGUUCUUGGUCAACAGGAGGACGGUGGUAACACGGUCGGGGGCUCUUCUACAGAAUUUCAGAUUGGACAAUCUUUCCAGAAUAAAGAUGAGGCUGUGCUGAGUGUGAAUGACUAUAGCAUCCGGCGAGGUGUUGAGUACAGAGUCAUCGAAUCAGAUCAUCUGAAGUAUCAUGGAAAAUGCAAGCAAUUCGGCAAGGGUUGUACUUGGUUGAUUCGCGUUGCACUGCGUGCACGAAAAGGCACUUGGGAGGUUAGGAGGUACAACGGGCCACACACAUGCUUGGCAACCUCUAUUUCCAGUGAUCACCGUCAGCUGGAUUACCACGUUAUCUGUGCGAGGAUUCUUCUGUUGGUUAGGGCAGAUGCUGCAGUUACGGUAAAGGUUGAUGAGUCGACGGUGUACUUUCACCGAUUAUUCUGGACAUUCCCACCCUGUAUCGAGACAUUCCGUCAUUGCAAGCCCCUCGUCAGUAUUGACGGUACCCACUUGUAUGGCAAGUAUGGAGGGACACUGCUGUUAGCGAUAGCGCAGGAUGGGAACUCCAACAUCCUCCCCAUUGCAUUCGCCCUUGUGGAAGGAGAAAAUGCAGAGUCGUGGUCAUUCUUCUUGUCCAACCUACGAGAGCAUGUGACUCCUCAGGAGGGUAUCCUUUUAAUCUCUGACAGGCAUAACGGGAUCAAGGCAGUGCUUGAGGCAUUUGAGACUGGUUGGCUGCCUCCACGUGCUUUCCGAGCGUACUGUAUUCGGCAUGUGGCAGCGAAUUUUGUCCUAACUUUCAAAGGUAAAGAUUCAAGGAGGAUGUUAGUGAAUGCUGCCUACGCAAAUACUGAAGCAGAGUUUUAUUACUGGUUUGACAUCAUGCGGACUGAGAAUCCAGCAAUGUGUGAAUGGGCCAAUCGGAUGUAG